AUGCUCAAAAAGUCAAUUUUAAGUGAUAGCGAUUUUUAUUUAGUACUUCUAAACUACCGAAACACGCCCCGCGACGGUUUGAGCUCCCCUGCGCAGCUUUUGAUGAGUCGCAGAUUAAGAUGUAAACUACCAGUUCAUCCAGAAUUAUUAAAGCCGCAACCUGUUAACUCAUCUGAACACGACACAAUGUUACUUAAUCAGCAUAAGGCCAAAGUACGGUACGACGUACAUUGUAAGGAAUUACCUCCACUUGACAUAGGAGAUGACGUAGUAUGUGUAGAAGGAAAAGCUAGGACUCGCGCCACUGUGGUGGGUAAAGCCGCGACUCCUAGAUCGUAUAUAGUUCAAAAUAAGAUGGGAGGUAAAUUCCGACGCAAUCGUCGUCAUCUGAUAAAAUGUAUGGUCAGUGACGAGCCGGUGUCCCCGAAUUCCGAGCCGCCGCAGCCAUCAGCUGACUGCGGGGAGGAGUUCAAGGAUGCCUGCGAAGAUGUCGGUCAAUCGGAAACAUGCGAAAACCCGUCUUAUGAUAACGCUCAUAAGGCAGAUAAUCAACAAACACAUGCUUCCGAUGGACCGACAGGCAUAAUGACGCGUAGAAAGGCGAAAUUAUUCGCCGAAAAUCAGUCUAAGAAGUAA